UUUCCGGAUGUCAACACCGUGCGUUGUAAACACCCAUUCAGUCCAGCGCGGAACACACAACCGGAGGCAAGUGUGCCCUCUCGGUGAUAUUUCAGGAUCAUUUCAGGUAUUAUCAAUUUCACUAAAACGUAAAUAUUAACCCAACGGUGGAGUGUAAGUUGGCGGUGAAGCUACUGGAGAAAAAAAACCCUCCCAAUUUGGUGACAAAGACGACGGACGGGACUUGAGGUAUUCUGCUGAUUUGGAACGGGCAGGUCCGACCACCAUGGCAGCGGCGACCGUCGUGGAGGCCGAGAAGCCGGCGCCGAGUGAAGGUGCCACCGCCGGCUUCUCUGGCGUCCACGAGCCGGCCUGGGACAACUCUCAGCUGCGGAGAUAUACGUUUCCCACCAAGCCCAUCCCCAGGCUGUCGCACACCGACCCCAGAGCUGAGAUGCUCAUCAACAACGAGGAGCCGGUGGUUUUAACAGACACGAACCUCGUGUAUCCUGCUCUCAAGUGGGACGUCGCGUACCUCCAAGAAAACAUUGGCAACGGCGACUUCUCUGUCUACAUCGCAGAAAACCACAAGUUCCUCUACUACGACGAGAAGAAAAUGGCCAACGUGGAGAACUUUGUCCCCAAGUCCCGACGACUUGAGAUGAAAUUCUCUGAGUUUGUGGAGAAGAUGCAGCAAGUGCAGCAAACGGGAGGGGAAGAGCGGGUGUACUUACAGCAGACGCUCAACGACACGGUCGGAAAAAAUAUCGUGGUGGACUUCCUCGGUUUCAACUGGAACUGGAUCAACAAGCAGCAGGCCAAAAGGAGCUGGGGCCAGCUGACAUCCAACCUCCUGCUCAUAGGCAUGGAGGGCAAUGUGACGCCGGCGCAUUACGACGAGCAGCAGAACUUCUUUGCACAAAUCAAAGGCCACAAGAGAUGCAUCCUCUUCCCCCCAGACCAGUUUGAGUGUCUGUAUCCUUACCCUGUCCACCAUCCCUGCGAUAGACAAAGUCAAGUGAAUUUUGACAACCCCGACUAUAAUAGGUUCCCAAAUUUUAAAAAUGUUGUCGGCUAUGAAGCGGUCGUGGGCCCGGGAGAUGUGCUCUACAUCCCCAUGUAUUGGUGGCAUCACAUCGAGUCCCUGCUGAGCGGUGGCGUGACAAUCACAGUCAACUUCUGGUACAAAGGUGCGCCCACACCCAAGAGGAUAGAAUACCCACUGCGAGCCCACCAGAAGGUGGCCAUCAUGAGGAACAUCGAGAAGAUGCUGGGAGAAGCGCUCGGCGACCCUCGACAAGUGGGACCUUUGCUCAACACCAUGAUCACGGGUCGAUACGAAGAUCCCCAAGAGAAGGACGACCCUUGAAAUUGCACCAUCUUGACUUUUGGACUUUUUGUCGCUUGCAUGGCAAUAAGCGGCUAUCUUGAAACCAUCGUGCUUCUCAGCGUGCCAUCGUCUUUGCCCAUCUCAUGGGAGUUGACCGUACUUGAACAAGAUUUUAUUUUAUUUUUGUGUGUACACGUGUGUGUGUGCAUGUGUGUUUUGUUUUAUCUCGUUUAGUUAUUUAUGUCAGUCAGAGCUCUCAGAAUAUCUAAUUUAAAAAUAACUACAUAGGCGACUAGGGUGUGCGGCGGAUCGUAGCUUUUGGAGCAAUCUCAGUGACAAACCACUAGUGAAGGAGUAGACAGCUUUUUUUUUUUCCAAAGCCGCCAUUUUACAUGGACACAAAUCCUAAGGUAUGAAGUUGACCUGACGAUUUUCCUUUCAGUUUUUGCAGUCCAAUUAGUAUUUUCAUACCACGCAUCGAAUCAUCCGGUUUGGUGAUACCUGUGGCUAAUAAGUCCUUGAGUUAAAACUCACUUCCAGUCCACGGUAAGCGCGUCUCUCUGGUGUCGCAAGAUCACUUAGCUUCGCUGAAAUAUCAAUCCACUAUGCCUUUCAGUGACUCUUCCAGUCUCUCUGUUGCGGCCUGCCGAUGACACUCUCUGAGCUCAGCGGACAUGCUUAAUGUCAGGAGUUAAAAAAAAAAGUGAUGAUACAUGUUAUGAGUGUCUGUGGGAUAAAAAAAUGUUUUGUAACAGUUCCUUCUCAUUUGUUUUUAGAAUUGCAUGAGCGGAUCAAAUCCUCCACUCCUGUCUUGGCUACGGAAAUUUAGUCGGAAAUCGGAAAAAAAAAGUAAGCAUUUUGUAUGUUCAUAACUGGUUCAUGUUCCUCCAUUUAGCUGCUGUCCUUUUUCGCCCCACCUUAUAAAAUCAUAAAAUGUCCACCAAUCAGGAGGUUAAGCACAGUUGCCUUCUCCCUGUUUACAAUUUUUUUUUACGUUGUCAUCGCCCAUGGAAGAUGGAAAAAGCGAAUUUAAAAAAAAAAGCACAGAUUACAAAGAACUCAGCUGUUUUGAAAUGUCGAGAAUAAAAGUUGUCCAUAAAAAUAAAUACCGGUACUCAAAUCGACUGAAGGACAGUCAAGUCGCUGUGCUACAGCGCAACCGCUGUUGACAUGAAACAAAAAGACGUUUUUCAUUUUAAGAUGCCACGUUUAACAGAUUUCAUAAAGUCGCAUAUUUUUUACAAAAUUCUGUAAUCUUUCUCUCAGAGUAUUUUUGAAUCACUUUAGUCUCAUAAAUUGAGAACAUGUAAACAUUAGUAUCUCGUAUCUAAAAGUCAUUAAAAGAGGCUGUAAACGCUUGCAUACAUUUAAUGGGACAGCCUCUUGCUUGUUUCAUACUAAAUGUUAUUACAUUUUUUUUCCAGGAUAAAAGGUUGAUAAAAUAUCGUUGUUUUUCCACUGAGAGAUAAAAAAGUCACAAAAAAGCUUCAAACACGUGUAAUUGGACAGCGAGUUGUGCUAGUUUUAUACUAAUUGUGAUUUUUGUUUGAGGUGCGUUUGGAGCAAAUGAAUUCACGUGAGCUGCAUUGUUUCAACCCCUAAAAAAAGAAUAUUGCAGCUUUGUGGGAGCGAAGGCUCGCGCGCUCAUAAAUCGAAGUACAGUAAUUAUCUGAGGACUAAUAUAAUGGGAUUAAAAAAAAAGUGAGUACCUCAUAUAUCGUGCAGCCAAACUUUAGCCGAAGGAUUACUUGUGUUAUUUAUGUUCAUAAUCAUUUUUGAUUCAUACUUCAAGGUCUAUAGGAGUGGGAUUAGCAAUGAUGCCGUUUUUUUUAAAGAAAGAAUAGAUUUACUAUUGCAGCUGCGAAUUGUAUACGUUUAGCAACAUUCAAGUGAAGUCUUCCCUGGGAAGGUCAUUUCCACUAAGGCUCAUUUUUAAGGCUUAGACUGCACCCAUGAUCAGGUUUAAAGCUGCUUGUUAAGUUUUAUGACCGUUUGUGUGAUUACAAAUAUUCAAUACUCUGCAUGGACUGCUAUCGGAUUGGACUGAGUGUCAUACUGCUGUUUUAUUUAUUUUUUUUGGUGUUUUUUUUUUUUUUAAGCACUGUGCGUCAUCAUAAUUCUGCAGAGCCAUACAUUGAAGACGCGUUCAAGUUUAUUCUCUUGUAUAUGUGCCAAACACCUCAGAAACCAGUCAAAGCCGAUCUGGUUUUACUCUUUUGAAGCACAUAUUUAUCAAAAGUAGAAUUGCAAAAUGUGUGAAAUCAUUUCCGGUAAAUUUCUAGAAUGUUUCUGAUGAAUGACCACGGAAGGUUAAGGUGGUUGAGUUUGUAAAUACAAGCGGUGCCUUGGGAAUCACCUGGAUCGCAAAUCAUAUUCUCCCAUUGAAAUCAAAAAGAAAUGCGAUAGGGAUGUCUCAUGUUUUGCUUGACUUGGCUUUCAAGAUACGAGCUGUCGUUGGACAUAUUUUUCGCUUUGACUUGUGAGUGCCAACUUGAGAUAGGAGUGCGCUUCAUACCCCAGCCGCUAGAUGGCCGCAGCACACUUUACGACAUCCAACCAACAUCCAAUUCUUAUUGGUUUCCAUUUGGUGGCAGUAAUGUAUCAUUCUGUCUGCUUAUAGACCUCGUAGAAGAACAUAUGUUCCAAAAAAGGUUUUCAUCUAGUACAAUACUGUCGAAUGCCAUAAAUUUGGUGAACCCUCCCAUGGAAAAUAGGUUGGUGGGUUAUUGCAUUUUAUUUUUUGGGUUUGGCUUGAACGGAUUGAUUGCAUUUUCAUUCGCCUCAAUGGAGGAAGAUCAUUUGAGAUACUGAGUAUUUUGCGAUACAGGCAUGGUUACCUCUCAACUUAAAACUUCUAUCUCAAGGCACAACUGCAUUCCAAAUUGAACUUUUCAUUGGGAAUUAUUUGGGAAUUUGGGGCAUUUUAAUGAAAAGCUCAUGAAGGCUAAAUAUAUAUGCAUAAUUGUUUUGUCAUGAGCUCUCUUUACCCUCAUGCCAGGGCAAUGCUCUACUUGAUCUUGUACUAUUUCCCCCUCCUACUUACAUACUCCCCCCCCCCCCCAAAAAAAAAUCUACCAAGUUAAGCCUCACAAAAAUUCCCAGAGAACAUUCCCAAUUAAAAAAAAUCCAACAAUUUUGCAACCCGAAGUGACAGCUAUUACAACUAUGGCACUACAAAGGGCAACGUUUGCAGGAUUUCUUGUUGUCCAAGGGACAAUUUGCAAGGAAACGCCGUUGUAGUUUUGGUGAAUCUUAAGAGUGUACUGCAGAACCUCAGCUACUGUGUAACUCAACUUUGGUUCACCAAAGCUCACAUUACAAAUGAAGUGUUUUCAUUGUUGCUUGUUUACACUUCCUGUUCAUGCGCUGCUCCCAACUUGCUUGGAUUGUCAAAACGUACUAUAACAGUAAAAAGUACUUGCGCAUCUCCAAAUUUUGUUUUCGUACCUAAAACAAUCUGAUAUGGGCCUGUCACUUCUGUGAGAUUGAAUGCGAAUGGAUAAAGUUUGACGAAAAUUGGAGUUGCGUGUUUUUCACAAUUUUACACAAUUUCUGUUGAUGCUGUUAUUUACCGAAUUGAACGUUUUUUGUUUUUUUUGGGUGUUGUUUCUAUAAUUAAAGAAUAUUUGCAGAUUAAUGUAUUGUGACAUUGUUGAAGACGCCGUCCGAACAAAAAGCAUUUCUCUUUGAACUUAAUUUUUGGAUCUCAAAUACCAGGAUGUGUUUAGAAAUUUUUUUAUCUGAGAUAGUGUUUUUUUUGUUGUUGUCAUUUUUGGCAGAAAUGAAACAAGUGAAACAUUAUAGUCUACAAAAUUAGUCUUUACUAUAAAUUGUGCGUUUUCAUUUAAGCAAGGAGGCGUUACAAGUUCAACCAAUAUCCACUGCACGCAUUACAGUAAAACCGAUCAUCAUGUCAGUCACAGACAACAACGCUGCUAUUUAAUUAGGAAAUAAAGAGUAUCCAGUAAAAAUACAAUUGACCAGUGUUGGAACAUUGGCUAACAGCUCACUCCAAAUGGUUUAAAAAAUAAAAUCAUCAUGAUUGAAGAUUACCAAGUUACAUCCCGAAGGUUUUCACAACACACACGUACACACUCAGCAUUGUGAGAAUUUCAGUGGUGCCUUGAGAUACGAGUUACCCGACUCCUUUUGAGUCUGUUAGCUUAAUGGUAAAGCGAACUCAAUGCGAAACACCGUAAGCGGUCUAAUGUAGCAUCUCUGUAGCGGUGUUAGAAUGGAUAUUUGAACACAAACGGUGAGGCAACACAUAGACAGAUAAUAUAAUACUCACAGUCAUAUAAUUCUUUAAAAACAACUUGUGACGAACGAUCUGAUUGUAAAUUGCAAAAUAUGUAUGUCUUCAUAUAUAUUUGAAAAUCAUUAUGUAUGCGUUAUAACUGUCCCAGGUGCACACACCCGGGGAAGCAACACAAAUGUCCAUUCAACCGAAGAAAAUAGUAUGAGUAUGCAAGUUGUGUCAUUAAAAAAAAAAAAUGGUUUUCAAUGUAGGAAGAUGCACGGUCUUGGAAUUUAUUCAACGAUUAUCUCAAGGCACCGCUGUAAAUAAUUUCUUGGCCUCUUUAAAUGUUACUUUUAAUCCAGUUUAUUGUUCAAUUAAAAACCUGUCUUCAAAUUUUGUGGCUUUAUAUUUAUCUGAAAGGUUUUCUUUUGGAUAAAACCACAAUUCUUACCGUGUUUUUCAUCAAGCACACCAACAUUUGUUCUUCCUCUUUCCUAUUUCUCAAUUGAAAUGACAUGGAGACGCGUUUAGCUUAUACAGACUCGACUCUUUUAUCCGAGUGUUGGCACAGUAAUAGAAAAGUUGUCAUCUAAUAAUAAAUAUACCCGCAAGUCUAAAAUACAGAGUGCCUCGGAAACACUCGUUCAAGAUACUGUACAAUAAUAUGUGUAAUAUCUGGAGGGAAACCACUGUGCAAACGAUCAGAAAUCAGUCUCCAGUCUCCUGAUUUGGCGGCACAGCCCAAAAAAAAAAAAAAAAACGAAAAAAUCAGUGAUCUCUUAUGUACAGUACAAGCUGUUGAAUUAAGAAAAUAUGGAAAGCACCACUAAAACUUGACAAAUUGUUGUCGUAAAUCCCCCAUGAAUGAUCCAUAAGUCUAUAUAGAUGCCAUAAAAUGGCACCAAAGCACUACUUUUCUUUAUACAGGGCUUUGGUGCAGGGGCAAAUUCGCAAGUAGCAAAUCACAAAUGGAACAAUUGUUGCUUCCAUUUCAACACUCAAAAAAAGUUAAGGACUAUUUAAAAAACAACAACAAAAAUAAAAAGUGAAGGGUUUUACAAAAUAUGCA